AUGGCUUUUGGUGUUCUUCUCUACGCUCUGCUUUUGUUUUUGUUCGCGUUUUCCACUUUCUCCAAAAAACCUAUCAUUACUCAUGGCGUUACGGAAACCUUUGGCUAUGAAAAUCAAAUGACAUCUCUGCAGUGCAGAGUCAGGAAUGAUGGUCCUGUGGCUAUCGAUUGGUAUAGAAAUAAGUCAAAGUUAUCUGAGACUCUGGAAUAUCGGAUUGAAUCCACGAAGUUGUCGGAUGAUAUUAUAAUAAGCGAACUCUUUUUCCGAAUUUCACGAAAAACUGUCGGUGCAUACUAUUGCAAUUCAUCCAAUGAGUUUGGUUGGACUGUUUCCUCUCUGGCUAAUGUAUUUAUUGCAUUUAUGGAGGAGGAUUUUAUUGUUGAACCUCAAUCAAAAGCCCCUAGUAUCGGAGAAACGGUUAUUUUGUUGUGCGAACCACCCAGUGGAUCACCAAAACCAGUGGUCAUAUGGUACAAAGAUGGAAAAGAGGUCGAAUUAUCCAGUCGCAUUCAAAUUGUGGAUGGAACGAAUUUGAGGAUUGAGAAAGUUGCGUGGGUUGAUGCAGGAAUUUAUUUUUGUGUUGCAAAAUCUCCUGCAUUUGAGAAAUCCAGCAAAAAGGCCUAUCUGCAUGUUCGUCAGAGGCCACUUUUCUUAGUGGCACCUGAAAGUCAAACUGUUCCAGUAAACGGCAUAGUUGAAUUUGCUUGUCGUGUUUCCGGCGAGCCUCUUCCGACUCUGACUUGGCGUCGCGACCCGCCCGUUCCUGCCAUUUCAACCACGCGAUCUAUGCUCCUAGCGGAUGGUUCGUUGAAACUUAUGAAUAUUCAAUUGGAAGAUGCCGGUGACUACGUUUGUCAAGCCAGCAACGACGGUGGAGUGAUAGAAGCUGUUGCGCGUCUCACGAUAAGAAGCCCUCCUGGAUUUGUCGAGACACCACCGGGGAACGCUGUUUUCCUAGAAGGCACUCGAACUCAGCUGGUUUGCCUAGCGACUGGAUUACCGGUCCCAGAAAUUCGUUGGAUCAAUCAAAGAACAUCGGAAUACUAUUUAAAUUGGAUUAAAUCGUCCUCUCAGAGAAUUACAGUAACUAAAACUGGAUCACUGAUAUUUAGUACUGUUCGGAUAUCGGAUUCGGGAACGUACGAGUGUCGAGCCUCAUCCUCAGCCGGAUUCACUCGAACAGUUAUUCAUUUGUUUGUUCAGCCGAAUCCUCAUUUGUUUCCCGGUCGUAUAGGAAUCGCUACAAAAUCUGUUUUUAUCAAUCCUCGAAAAAACAUGAAUGAAUUGAGGCUAGUCUGUUCGGCUCCUAACUUAUCAGAAUUUUAUGGGUACAUGGCAUCUGGUACGCUGAACGCUACAGAAGUCGGCACCUUCAACCCCUUUACCACUUUUAAAGGAUCUUGGUACAAAGAUAAAAUGGCGAUAACGCUCUCCGCCUCAUCGAAUGAGAGAUUUCGCUCAGAUGCAGAAAACUCUUUAAUCAUCAAACCCGUUCACCACAGCGAUGUGGGAAAUUACUCUUGUAUGGUCCUUGGUAUGAUGAACAAGCGUGUAGCCUUUUGGCAUAUACCGAUAACCUCUACUUCACUUACUGAUCGCUUCAGCAAACUCUCCUUGGCGUCAGAAGCCCCCCGUCCACCCUUUAACGUUACGGUGUUAGGUGUGGGUGAUACCUGGAUUUCCCUGACUUGGGAUUACGAAUCCCUAAAGGGAACUGACUCUGAUGUAGAAUUCCAAGUCUUCUACUUGCUACAAUUUCAUAACUCGACUUACUUACCCAGUCAUCGUGCUAAACCGUUCAAUUUAGCGCAAGUAGUAAAGGAUCCUAAUUAUCAAGAUUAUAAACUUCCAGUUGACUUUGGUACUGUUAAUGGUGGCCAAUAUCCGAUAGACGUUUGGGAAAGCGCAGUUGAAUCAACUAGGGAGAGGCGUUUCCGCCUAGCAGGUCUGCUUCCUGACAGUGGAUAUUGGGUUGAGGUUCGUGCAUCGAACCUACAUCUAUGGAGUAGAGGGGCGCUCGUUAAUCACAUCGUCUAUACUGCACAAUCAACGCCCUCAAGCCAGACCUCUAAUGCUCACCCUUUGGAGUCUGGUAAGGCGGCAGAAGACUUUCAGGACCUCUCAACUCGAGUGAACUCCAUCAUGUUCCUCGGCGUCAGUGCUCGCAGUCUGAGCGCCUCAGAGAUGUUCAUCAGCUGGGCAGUGCAGCCCACCAACGGUGCUAUCGGACUCGUCGACGGCUUUCAGAUAGUUGCAAAACCCGUUUUCAUGUCUCGCUGCUCCGCUCGUGCGGCUUCUCAUGUCAAGGAUCUAACGAGUCCAUCAACAUUUGGAGUGAAGCAACGUUUUCGACUUGGUUAUGAUGACAUGAUCCCACCCACCACCGAGCAGGCCCAUUGCAGCUUCAGCAGUAAACAGCUGAUCGAACGGUUCAGACAGGCGUCUGUAAAUACAGCGCACGUUUCAAGCGGAAAUGCAGUGCCUGAAAAGUUUUUGAUUGUUUCCCGUAUCGUCUCUAGAGAAUCGCCUAACACAGGCGCGGUGAUAGGUGGCCUUCAUCCAUUCACUUGCUACGAGAUCACCGUUAAGGCAUUUAAAGAUGAUCAAACCUAUGGGAGGAUUUGGAGCCGCGAAACACCGGCUGAGUUGGUGCUAAGUCUGGACUCAGCUCCCAGUGAAGCACCUCAGCUUAUCUCCGCCCAUUGGUUGAGUGGCAUUGCCCCCCAAAAUAUGUUUUAUUUCCCAUUCCUCUUUGGAAAUGUAUCUUACUAUUCCAGCAAGUACCCGAUAACGUCUUCCGCAAUUCGUAUAAAAUGGAUGCCCCUGGAUUUAUAUCUUGCUCAUGGAACUCUCAUAGGAUACUCUAUCCAUCUUAUCGCUAAUGAUUCUAACUACACACAAUCACAAAAGGUUUCACCAGAUGUUAGUACCCACGACCUAAUCGAUCUCAAUCCAAAUGUUGAGUACACCAUAUUCUUGGCGGGCAUAACAUGUCGAGGUGAGGGUGUUCGUGGCCCUGGUUAUCGAAUGCCAAUCUUCGGGAGAACGGUGCAUCCACCCUCGUCUGUCACUGGGUCCUCUUCCAAGACGGCACCCUUCCCUGUUUGGGCCUACGGCGCUGUCUCCGGCAUAUUGAUUGCUUGGCUCCUAAUCGGUUGCCUCUUCGUUACGUGUUUGCGGCGUCACAAGUCUCAGCACGCCUCGCCUGGCUACUGCUGUUUUGGCACCCCCUCCGCCACCAAGCCCAUUAAGCGAGACCAAACCGCAUUUAAGAUGUCCUCACGAAAAGCCAACAACAGUUUUGUCUCACCCGUUAAUACAUCAGGGACAAAGUCCAGCCACACUAUCACCACUACCACCGAGGUGCAGGAUUAUCCACCCAGCGCCAGCCACUCGGCCGCCCUACUGAAAUGCAAGGCCUCUCGCAAUGGGAGUGGUGUGGAGGUGCAGCGUCUGCUGAAGGGUGUCGAGAGCAGCUGUGAUCCGACCAUGUUGAUGCUCAACUCUUCGUCUGCCAGCUCGCCGACAAACACGACGAGCAAUCAGGACUGCUUCAGGGGCCACGGCUUGCCCCUUACCGCCGGUGUCCCCUACCCCACUGGUGUUGGGAGCUUCCAGCCUGCCACCCCGCCCGGAGCCUACAACAUGAUCAACAGUCUUCCUGGAUUCUCGUCAGGACCUCCGAAUGGGCGAUUGUUGCACUACGAGGCACAGCAGAAUGAUCCGCAGCUGCAGAACAGCAUCAGUAGUCGCAGUAAAACGCCCCACGAGGUGCCGCCAUACGCCAGUAGCAAUGUGCUGCCCCCGGAGAUGAACCAAUCCUCCUGGAAUCCUGCAACUGAGGUUGACCACUCUGUGAAUGAUCAUCCGACAAUGCCUGCCGGGGUGGUGCGGCCAAUCUGGACCAACCAACCACCACAGCAGCAACAGCACAGGUCCCCAGUCAGCGAGCAUGCGGCCAUGUCCACGAUUCCUCCACCUCCGCCCUAUCCCCCGCCGCCCUUGCCCGGUGGGGGUAAGGUCGUCGCCCCUCUCUUCUCUCUGCCCCCUGUGCCCUCACAUCCCACUAAUACUACUACUGGAACCACUCAGGAAGCACUUCGACAUCUCUCCGACGAUGGCAGUCUCCCCAGUGGUGGCACCGGGUGGUCUGGUCAAGAGGGGCGACGCGAAUACUUGGGCGGUCUCAACCAAUUAGCCUGCUAA